UGUCUCCUCCCUGGGAGACAUGAGAGUGGACGGAGGGAGCUAACUUGUGUGACACAGCUCAACUUUGAGGGCAAGGGGAUGAAGUCUGGACACCGUUGGGACAGAGGAACCGCUUCAGAGAUGUAGAUUUCCCUACAAUUGAAUAAUCACCUUAGAACCCAGCGGUCAUCUUUUCCUGAGACCCUGAAGGACUGUGGGAUUUGAAUUUGAGGUUGUGAAAAGCUGAGGCCAGGUCUACAUAAAGGCAACACUGGUAGCUGCUAAUGCAAUAUGAUCCUCUUGGACUCACUCUAAAAAUAUAAUUCAGCUGGAGUACAUGCACAGGCUCUAUUCGCCUAAUUGGCCAAAGAUUGAGUGUUUUGUUUUCUGCUUCUCUAAUGGGAUGUCUCAAGGUUGUGAGAAACAUAUUCUGAAACAUCUAUGGUGCAUAAAACCUGGGUGGAAAUUAGUACACAUUUUGAUGACUCUAAUGUGCCUUUGAGGUUUUGUAUUAAUGCAGGUAGGCAAUUUUCUCUAUAGUCAGUAUUGUAAUAAAAAGGUGAUCAUAGCUAAACCUGUGUCUUGCAUUUGAGGACAUCUGCAGGAAUGAUUGGAAUAUGUUUACCACAUCAAAACAACAAAUCACGAAAAGUUCUUUUAUUUUUUGUGGACUAUUAACUGUCCAUUAAAGAGAACAUGUUGACAUUUUAAUCACUUCAAGUGCAGCAGUCUUUAAAGAAGUUGAAUCAUUGAAUCAUGAGGAAGGCCGAAGUCCAGAUGACCUUCAAGAAGAGUGUUGAUGAAGAAGCAGGAGUAAUGGCACCUCCAAGCCCGAGGAUACCUUCAAAACGAGCAAAAGUCAGUUCUGAACAUGUCGUACCAGACCCUGCUAGUUCUGUUUACCCAAUCCCAACACCUCCUGUAUUCAUUCGGAAGAUGAGGAAUGCAGUUGUAGGUACCGGCUGUGAUAUCCGUCUGAAAGUGGCCGUGGCUGGAGACCCACAGCCUUCAUUGUACUGGUAUCACAAUGAUGACCAGCUCACCAUGGAAAACCAGGAAUAUGGAGGUCUGUGGAUCAGGGACUGCAAGCCCAAUGAUGCCGGCCUCUAUACCUGCAUUGCCACCAACCAUCUUGGAGAGGCCAGAAGCAGUGCUGUUCUAGCUGUUUUGGAUUUGGGCGAAGACUCUGAGACUACAGAGGACGAAGCUGCUGAGCCACAAAUACCCCUGGAAGGUAAAGAAGGAGCCCGAGGUUUUCAGGAUGAGGCCCAACGAGUGCCUGCAGGUGAAAGAAUGAUGGAUGUCACCCCAGAUGCAAGCGAUCACUGGGCUACCAGUGAAACCACAGUAUUGGAGAAAGAAGCACUAACCCUGGGAUCAAGAGCCCCAGGGCAGCAGACAGCCAGGCAAGCCAACAGCCGGGAGCCAACGGGCACCCAGAUCAGGCACCUAGGGGUCGAGCCACUGAUUCGAGCAUCACGCGCCAAUUUAUCUCGACCAGUUUGGGGGUCCGAGGAAAGUGUGUCUUUAGCUAGCGAUUACUAUGGUAGCACGUUCAGUCUUUAUAGAGGAAGGACUUUUUCUAUAUCAGUGAUGAGCCCAUCUGAAGAAGUUUUGAGGAACCCCCCCCCUCAAGUCCUACCUCCCCCUUCCCCCAAAAUAGGCCGUUCUACUGCCUCUCCUUUGCUCGGCCGCUCUGGUUCGGCCCCUGCAACACCCCUAGCCCCACGCAAGAAAGUUGUCGUGCCAACUGAAUAUCAAGACACAGUACCAGGAGAGUUUGAGGAGAAGAGUAAGCUACCCAAAUCCUCAGGCAUGUCUCAGAGUAGUGCUCAAGACUCUCGACCCCAGACCCCAGUCAGUGAAUAUUCCCGUAAGGAACUUACACCUCGACCCUCACCAAAAUUGACAAGAGCUAGCUCCAAGAUCUUUGAGAAGGUACGAGUCUUUGAAGAGCGCAGAAGAAGUAUAGAUAACCCAGAGGGAUCCAUAUCUGGACGUUCUUGGGCUGGAUUUAAUAGAGCCUCGUCUGUUGACUCUGAUGAGGGAGGGAGCCGUUUGGGAAUCUCGAGGGAGAGCUCCAAAGAAGACCUCAGUGAGGCUCUAAAGGCAGACGCAGCCCAGAGAAGGUCUGUGUUCAGACAGCGGGCUGCUUCCCUGGAGGACAGACCCCGCUACUCUCAGAAGGUACAGGACAUUGAAAACAAGUUCACAGAGGAGCUCCAGAGAAUCAAAAAGCUUGUGGGUAGACCACAUAUGAAGAAGUCCUUCUCAACAGAGCAGCUCUCAACUUAUUACAGGAGUAGGCAGCCUGAAAGGAAGCUAGAACCCAUUCCACCUCAGGUUCUUCAAAAACUACAAGAUCGAGAGCGUGCUCAGCUAGAGCAAGAAAGGAGAGAGAAGGAGCAAGUCAAAGAACAUUCUCUGCCAAAAUCACCAUCUCGCAAGCGAAAAGACCAGCUGAAACCAUUGGAAAAAGUUGAAAGUGAUCACUCUGUCCCAACCACCAAGAUGGUUAGCAUGUCUCCUCCAGAAGCCAUGUCACUCUCUGAUUUACCUGGACAGAGAUCUCCAAGGCUUGUUCGUGGCCCAAGCUCAAGCCCAAGCCGAGAGAGUCCUCGAAGGUCUCCAACUGUAGAUUUUACUGCCAAGGCUGAAGAGCGCUCUCGAGGAAGAGCUGAAUCUCCAUCCAGAAAUAUCUUUGAGAUGACAUUACGCAAGGUGGAGCCAAGACCUGCAAGUCCACUGGUAAAGAGGGUUGUUCGUGUUCAGGAAGUUCCACAAGCAGAAGAUGAGUUCAUACAUAGGAAAACACCAAUAGAAGUCACGCUGAGAAAACUGGAAAGACGGCCUGAAAGUCCUCUGGUGCAGGGAGAAACUGUAGCUAUUCAAGAAAGCCUAGUCCAAGCUCCCCUAAAACUUCCGAGAUUGUCUUGGUCUUCCUUGUCUGAGGAGAAGAUGGAGCUGGAUGUGACUGCUCUGCCACCAGCGCUUAAGCUUACCAUACCAAAAAUAAUUGUUGAAGAGGAGCCAAUGGCGAGGGACACACCCACAGUUAAGAGUGAUAAGUCUGUGAAAAGUGGCACUGGAAAAGAGGAAAAAUCCCAGAGAAGCAGAGGAAGGGGGCGACGACAACGGCCCAUGUCCCCGGAAUUUGAAUCAUCAGAUGACUCAUAUGUGUCUGCAGGAGAGGAUCCGCUAGAGGCCCCUGUGUUUGAGUUUCCACUGCAGGACACUGUGGCUUCCACUGGAACAGAGGUGCUUUUAAAAUGCAUCAUCAGUGGCACCCCUCUCCCGGAAGUUUCAUGGAAGAGAGACAACACUGAGAUCAAGAACAGCCCAACUCAUGUGGUCAAAGUAGAGGGAGAGCGGCACUCUUUGCUCAUCAAAUGGACAAAGCCAAGUGAUGCAGGGACAUACUCAGUUACCGCUAACAAUGAAGUGGGCAAAGCCUCCAGCAGUGCCACCCUAUUCAUCAAAUCAGAGCCCAAUCAGGACCAGCGCAGGAGUCUCGGUGUGCCCAUGGACGUCAGCAGUCCAAUCACAUCUGACGAGGAGUACCUCAGUCCUCUCGAGGAAGGAAUGGAUUUUUCCUCUUACAGGGGCCCUGAACCGAGGAAGAUCGUGGACACACGAUUCAAGGAGCCUCCAGCCUUUCAGGCUGUUCUUGGGGACCAAACAGUUAUAGAGGGUCAAGAGGUGACCAUGUCUGUUCGAGCGAUUGGACAGCCUAAACCCAUGCUUUAUUGGCUGAGAGACAGAGUGACCAUUAAAACCGGUGCACGACAUAUCAUCCAAGAGACAGAAGAGGGCAAAUUUGAGAUGAUAAUAAAAUUUGCACAGAAGUCAGACACUGGUGUUUACACCUGCAAGAUAAUCAACGAGUAUGGAACGAAACAGUGUGAGGGCAAACUGGAGGUGAAAGCUCGUCCAGUAGAACCAGGCCUCACCGUCAUUCGACCAGUGAGGGAUAUUAUGGUGAAGGCUGGUGAGACAGCCUUUUUUGAGUGUCAUGUGAUCGGCCCACAGGACACUGAUGUUGAUUGGCUGUCAGAUGGGAAACUCAUCCAACCAGCUCUUUUGAAUUGUAAAAUGCACUUUGACGGGAAAAGAUGCAGGCUUCUGCUUAACUCUGUACAUGAGGAUGAUAGUGGAAUGUACACCUGCAAACUGAGCACAGCUAAAGAGGAACUGACCUCCAGUGCCAAACUAAAGGUAAUAGCAUCCAAAGAGCCCCUCUUCACUCGUAAACUGGAUGUUCUGGAAGUGAUAGAGGGUCGCAAUGCUCGAUUUGACUGCAAGGUCAGCGGGACGCCGCCGCCUCAGGUCAUCUGGAGCCACUUUGAUCAUCCGCUGGAGGAGAGCGAAGACAUUCGGAUCUUGAAAGAAGGAGGGCGGCACUCGAUAAUUAUCUCUCAUGUUAGUAAUGAAGAUGAGGGUCUCUACACGGUUGUUGCGCGGAAUGCAUAUGGACAGGACGAGUGUGCUGCAGAGCUGUAUGUGCAGGAACCCAGGCCGGCAAUAUCCUCUCAAAUGGCAAAGCUGGAAAAAAUGCCCUCCAUUCCUGAGGAACCAGAAGUGCCUGAGAACGAGAUGGAACGCUUCACCAUGCCUGAUUUUGUCAAGCCGCUCUAUGAUCUCGAUGUGGUAGAGGGCAGAGAGGCUGUGCUCAGGUGCAAAGUGGCUGGCCUGCCGUACCCAACCAUCAUCUGGUUUCAUAAUGGCAAGAGGAUUGAGAGCACAGAAGACAGGAAAAUGACACAAUUCAGAGAUAUUCACAGUCUGGUUGUCCGCUCUGUGUGUCACGCCCACGGUGGAGUCUACAAGUGUGUUAUAUCUAACAAGGUUGGCAAGGCCACCUGCUAUGCCCAUCUGUAUGUGACAGACAUACUUCCUGACCCACCCGAUGGGGCCCCAGUCAUUGAGUCCAUCACUGGCAAGACUAUCACGCUAAGAUGGAAGAAACCUAAAAGACUGGACCAAUCCAUUGAUCCUAGCACCCUGAUGUAUGCUGUUCAGCAGCAGGCCCUGGGGUCAAUCCAGUGGACUAUUAUCGCCUCUUGCCUGAAUCAGACCACCUAUACCAUCAGCAGUUUGUCUAAAGGAGUUCGCUACACCUUUAGGGUGCUAUCUAUAACCAGUAAGGCCUUUAGCAAGCCAUCGGACGCCACCGAUCCAGUGCAGCUGCUAGAUAGAGGCCCAUACCUCCAGGAGGCUCCUGUAAUCACUGAUAAGCCGGACAUUGUGUAUAUGGUGGAGAAGCUGCCCUUAAGCAUUACGGUCACUCUUAACCAUGUUAAUGCAUCGGUCACCUGGAAGAGAGGGGGCGUGGCAUUGUCUAACAGACCGGGCCUGUAUGAGGUGAGCAUGCCCGAUGAUGACCAGCACACACUGAGGCUGUGUAAAGUGAAGAACGGUGAUGCUGGUCAGCUCAUCUGCAUCGCCAGCAACCAGUUUGGCAGUGACUCCUGUAUCCUAACCCUGGAAAUGGCAGUGCCUCCAGCUUUUGAGACUAUCAUGGAAGACCUGGAUGUGAACGUGGGAGAGACUCCUCGCUUUGCAGUGGUGGUUGAAGGAAAACCUAUCCCAGACAUCCUUUGGUACAAGGGUGACAUCCUGCUGUCAGAAAGCAGCCAUUUCACAUUUGUGUAUGAUGACAAUGAAUGUUCUCUAGUGGUGCUGAACACUCAGCCUGAUGACUCGGGAGUAUACACCUGUACUGCUAAGAAUCUGGCUGGCUCCGUGUCCUGCAAGGCUGAGCUUACUGUUCACACCACUAAAAGGGAGAGAGACAACUCCACGGAGGAUGAGGCAUCCAUUUUGAGAAGAAUGCGGAGGCUCACUGAUUACUAUGACGUGCACAAGGAAAUUGGGAGAGGGGCGUUCUCAUAUGUGAAACGAGUGACACAGAAGGUGGGAAAGAAGGAAUUUGCAGCUAAGUUCAUCUCGGCUAGAGCUAAACGGAAGGCCUCUGCUCUGAGAGAGAUGAACAUCCUGUCUCAGCUGGACCAUGAGAGGAUCCUCUACUUCCACGAUGCCUUUGAGAAGAAGAAUGCUGUCAUCAUUAUUACAGAGCUAUGCCAUGAGGAGCUUCUGGAAAGGCUAACAAAGAAAUCGACAGUAAUGGAGUCAGAGAUCCGGUACAGUGUGAGACAGCUGAUGGAGGGUAUUAGUUAUCUUCAUCAACAUGACAUACUUCAUCUAGACAUUAAGCCUGAUAAUAUCCUCAUGGCAGACCCCAGCAGUGAUCAGAUCCGCAUAUGUGAUUUUGGAAAUGCUGUAAAGUUCACGCCUGAUGAGGCACAGUACUGCAAAUUUGGCACUCCAGAAUUUGUCGCCCCAGAGAUUGUUAACCAGACACCCGUUUCCAAGGCAACGGACAUCUGGUCUAUUGGUGUACUGACCUACUUAUGUCUUACUGGAGUUUCUCCUUUUGUGGGAGAAAACGACCGCAGUUCUGUCCUCAACAUUAGGAAUUACAAUGUGGCAUUUGAAGAAAGCAUGUUUACUGACUUCUGUAACGAAGCCAAGGGAUUUGUCAUCAAACUGCUGGUGGCUGAUAGAUUGAGGCCUGAUGCUAAUGAGUGUCUCCGUCACCCCUGGUUCAAGACCCUGAACAAGGGUAAGAGCAUCAGCACAGAGUCCCUCAAAAAGUUUUUGUCCAGAAGGAAAUGGCAGCGAUCUCUCAUCAGCUAUAAAUCUAAAAUGGCGAUGAGGUCUAUACCCGAGUUACUGGAUGACUCCUCCAGCCAUAUUUCCAUUGCUGUUCCACGACAUCUGAAACAAGGCUCACCCCCACCUUCAUCAUCAUCAGAUUCUGAUGAAGAUAUAGAUGAGCUGCCUUUUAUCCCAAUGCCCCUCAACAUGGAAUUCUCAGGAUCUAGAAUGUCACUGACUGAAAUUGUGGGGGAUGAUGAGAUGAUUGUUAGACCUAACAGAAAUGCUGAGAGGCCUGCAUCAAGCCAUCAGAAGUCAGAGCCCAUGGAAGUGGAGAUGCCAGAGAGAGAGAGUGGAGAUGCAGCAGCUAGGGGUCGAUCCAGGAAGAUGUCAACACAAGAUGAAGAAAAAGGCUCAUCUGAUGAAGAGCCAGCAGAACUUGUCAAAAGAGCAGAACAGGCAAAGAGGCCAAUGUGCAGAGGCUCAAGUAUGGAGUCAGAUGAGCCAGAGGGAGCACGUCGCAGAGGGGAGCUACGUAGAGGGAGCUCGGCCGACAGUGCCCUACAACUCCUUUUAAAACCAGAGGAGGCCACAGAGGAGAGCUCUGCCGAGGGACAAAAAAUUCUAAAAAAGUCUGUAUCUAUGGAGCUUCCACGGAGGAGCCCAAGUCCAGGAGCUGUGAAGCUGAGCCAGGAAGACUAUGCUUUGAAAUUGGAAUUAAUGAGGCAGAGACUCCUCAGGGGUGGCUCUGUAGACAACAAAAUGAGCGGAUUACGAGGUCCCCUUUUAGAGACCUUAGGUAUGGGGGAUGAGAAGCAUUAUGUGCGGGCAUCUCAUCUUGGCAACCCUCCACUUGUUAGAGCGGCAUCCAGUGAGUCACCUAGAGAUGACAUCCCAAAGACCAAGAUACUGCAGAAGAGUGCCUCCUUCAGCCAGGGAGAUCCAGAGCCCAUGCCUCUGCACCGAAGAAUGGGUGCACCUCUAGAGAUCCCACUGGCACAAAUAGAAGAGAGACGGCUACAGGCGGCUGUAUCUAUGUCUUCUCUCACUGAGCCAGUUAAGCUGGAUUCAUGCCCCAGCAUACCCAAAUCCCAUUUGCUAGAACCAGAGAGGCUUGAGAAAGAGAACAAUGAAGAAAAAGAGCCAACAAUCUACAUGGACAGAAAAUCAGAGGAAGUCAUUGUUGAGUCAGUGAGCAAUGCCGGUGAAGACAGAAGUUUUAUUCAGAAAUCAUGGGAGACUGAUGCACUGGAAAAGGGCCUGAGCAAGCUAGAUGAAACUAAUAAAGAGCCUGAUAAAGAGGCUGGAAUUAAGCCGGAGACUGCCUCAAUUCUAAAAGCUGUGAUAGAAGGAGUUGAGGAAGAUGAAAAGAGAGAAGAUAAAGAGCCAGAGAAAGAAAUUGAUUAUUCUACUCCUGAGAUGUGGGUUAAAGAAGUUGAGGAUGAUAAGGCAUUACCAAAAUCUACAGAGAUCACCAUUUCCACCACCUCAGUCAUGGUGACCCCAGCAGCUGCCCCAGCUCCCUCUCCCCAGAGUGCCAUCUCAACCUAUGUGACUUCUUCUGUCCCUGCACGCACAGUGCUCCCAGAUGGUAGAACUUCUGCGUAUUCCAGUAUCAUGCAGACCAUUAUGGAACCAUCAGUUCAGGCAUCCAGUGAACCUAUUGUGCCUACACUUAAACCAACUUCCACCCUACCAUUAGUUCCAGUCUACACACCAAUAUCCAGAAACACCUCUGAAUCAACCCUCAUAUUAGAUGCUUUAUCCAAGCCAGACAUUCACCAAACCACUGAACAUCCUGCAGUCUUUUCUAGGGUUGCAUCAUCAGAGCACCCUCCCAAAGAGCCGAGUCCACCGAAGACUCCAACCCGAGCCUCCCCUAAGCGAGACUCGUCUCCUGUAAGCAACAUCCAGGAUCUUGCAUCUGAAGAGGUCUUCGAAGCUCGGUUCAAGAAGCGUGAGUCCUCUCUAACCCGUAGUCUCAAACGUUUCACGUGGCAAAAGACAGAAGAAAAGCCCACUACUGUUGCUCCUGAAAUAGCAGAAGAAAUGUAUCGCCCUGGGCCAAUUGGUGCUCCUUUAGAGUUUGUACCAAGGAGGUUAGAGGAGAAGUCCAAAUCAGUUCAAGAUCUACGUGAGGCAGAAAAGGACCCUGGGUUCAUGAGGAGACUCUCCAUGCGGUUGAAAAAGACCCCAUCGGUGGAGAGGAGAGAGGAGAAGCUCAAAGAGGAGGAGGCUUCAACACCCAGGCGUCGUUUGUCAUGGGCAUUGGGACGGAGAGGAUCCCAAGACAAGAAGGAGGUAGAGAUGAUGAGGAUGGAUGGAGGCCCUGAAACUCCCCUGGAGCCAGAGUCCAAAGCGCCCUCUGAGUCACCUGUCCUUGCCAUGCGCAAGAAGAUUGGCAAUACCAUGGCAAGCAUUUCCACAAGGAUUAGGAGCCAGUCUGAAGAAAGGAAGGAGAACAAAGAAGGCAAGACAGAGAUCAAGAAGACACCAUUAUUCUCCAUAUUGCGCCGUUCCAGCUCAGAGGGGGGCAGUCUGAAGAGGAUUGGCAUCCCACCGCAACAACUAGCUACCCAGUCUGGGAAAGGGGACUCGUCAGAGUCUUUAGAUUCUAUGUCAAGCAUCCAAUCCGAAUCAGCAGUGAAAAGUGCAGACAUUGUACGCAGAUCACGGUGGGACCGCUGGGGAUUGACAAGAGGAAAAAGAGACAAAACAGUUUCCCAACCAGACAUCCCAAAUUCCAUUGCCAGGGAGAAUGGCUCACUCCGCUCUUGCCAGUAUACUCGGCUAGCAUCUGACUUCCCUCCUGUAUUCCAUAUUAAACUGAGGGACCACGUUCUCUUGGAGGGAGAUCCUGUGACUCUUAGCUGCCUCCCUGCUGGCAGCCCUCACCCUCACAUCUCAUGGAUGAAAGAUAAGAAGCCACUUGAGAUUGACCCCAGGAUGAACAUGAUAUCCUGCCCCGAUGGAAGACAGCUGCUGAUGAUUAUGAAGACAACCCAAAAGGAUGCAGGCCUUUAUGAAUGUGUGGCUUCAAACCCACUGGCCUCUGUCACCAGCUCAAGUGUUGUGUCCCUUGCUCGCCUGCCGAAUAGGCCUGGGACACCUGAAAUACCUCAAAAGUAUAAAAAUACUGCCCUGGUGGUGUGGAGACCCUCAGACACCACAGCACCAUGCACCUACUCUCUGGAGAGGAGGACAGAGGGUGAGGCUAACUGGCUGAUUGUAGCCACUGGUGUGGCUGAAUGUUACUACAAUGUCACAGACCUUCCAGCUGGUGCCAUGACCAGAUUCAGAGUGGCCUGUGUCAACAAGGCUGGCCAGGGACCUUACAGCAAUUUGUCUGAAAAAGUGAUCCUGGACUCGACAGCACCUCAAAAGUCCAGUGGAACAGUUGUUGUCAAAACACUUUCAUCAGCUCCUGGACCUGCAGUGGUAAAAUCUAUCAAGACUGUGCCUGCAAUGAAGCCUGCUGGUGUAAAACCAUUAGCUCAACCAACAACUUCUGCCCCCUCUACAGCCCAGCCGGUAAAGCCUACUAUCUCUCCACCUACUGCUCUUGUUUCAGCUUCUACACCAUCCCCUGCUCCCCUUGCCCCUGCUCAUCAUACCGCACCUGACAUUCAAACUCCAGCCCCUUAUACUCCUACCCCAGCUAAAUCCAAGACCACCCUCAGCAUUACAAUGGCAAAGCCCUCUCCAGCCUCCCCUGCAGCUCAGCCCCUUCCCGCCAAACCCUCACCCCCUGUCGUACUGCCCAAACCUCUGAGCCCUGUCACUAUGGUCGCAUCCCCAGCCCAAACUCCCCCUGUGUCUCCGCCUCCUCUGGUGUCUCCUCCUCCUGUUAUCGGCAAGCCUAUCUCUUCAGUGCCUAUGUAUGUCCCAGCUACCACAACAGCGCAAGUGACACUAGCCACCCCAAAUACACCCUCUCCUGCCCUGUCACCACCGGUGGUGUUGGUUACAAGCCUGAGUCCUGUAGGGGAGGGUACAGGCACACCCAGUCGUAUGACCCCAAGUGGAAGAGCCACUCCGUCUGGACUCAUUAUGCCAACUGGGCGCAUGACUCCUUCGGGAAAACCUGGAGACUCAACCCUAAGGCAGGGAGUGCCCCAGAAACCGUACACAUUCAUGGAUGAGAAAGCUAGAGGUCGUUUUGGUGUGAUCAGAGAGUGUCAAGAAAAUGCCACCGGUAAUCUGUACAUGGCCAAGAUUGUUCCAUAUGAGCCUGAGAGCAAGCACGCCGUGUUACAGGAGUAUGACAUCCUGAAGUCCCUCCACCACGAGAAGAUCAUGGCUCUUCAUGAGGCCUAUGUCACCCCUCGCUACCUGGUGCUCAUCUCUGAGUGCUGCUCAGGAAAAGAGCUGCUUUAUAGCUUGAUUGACAGAUUCAGAUACUCAGAGGAUGACGUGGUGGCAUAUAUCGUACAGAUACUUCAGGGUCUGGACUAUCUGCACAGCCGCAGAAUCCUGCAUCUGGAUAUCAAACCAGACAAUAUUAUUGUUACCUACAUGAAUGUGGUGAAGAUUAUUGAUUUUGGCAGUGCACAGACCUUCAAUCCACUCUUCCUCAAGCAGUUCAGCCCACCCAUUGGAACCCUGGACUAUAUGUCUCCUGAGAUGUUGAGAGGGGAUGUGGUGGGUCCACCAGCUGACAUCUGGAGCAUUGGUGUACUAACUUGCAUCAUGCUCAGCGGGAAGCUGCCGUUUACAGAGAAUGACCCUGCUGAGACAGAGGCCAGAAUCCAGGCCGCCAAGUUUGACCUCAGUAAGCUCUACCAAAAUGUGUCCCAAAGUGCCUCUCUGUUCCUCAAGAAGAUCCUGUGCAGCUACCCUUGGGCCCGACCGACCAUUAAAGACUGUUUUAACAACUCGUGGCUGCAGGAUGCUUACCUAAUGAGAUUGCGGAGACAGACUCUCACCUUCACCACCACACGCCUCAAGGAUUUCCUGGAGCAACAGCAGCAGAUAAGGGCCAAGGUGGCAACAAAGCACAAAGUCCUUCUACGUUCCUACCAGAGUAGCCCUCAGACCCCAUCCACCCCCUCAACACCCAACACCCCUACAACACCCAUUUCUCAGUGAGCUCCACCACUGGGCAUUCUCCAGAGAGACGAGAAAAGGGUUCCAGGGGUCUUCAGGACAAUGACACAGAGAGACACAGAGCUGGUUAAUGUGCAGUGUGUAUAAGAAGAUCUUCAACAGGAUCUUCUGCUCCUGUCCACAGAGUUGAGCCAGUUUUGAGACAAGAUACACCAACAGAAACAUUUCUUGUCCAAGCUGACAAAAACAUAACGGGCAUCGAUGCAUUUACCUUUGUCAGCUGUGGCCAGCAUGCACAGUGCAGUUGAGUUUUAUUGUCCAGGAACUUUUAGCUCUUGCCCUCUACUCUAUGACACAUUUUCCCAUGACUUUCUGACAAACCUACUUUAGCUAUUAUCAGUGUUGCGUCUCUAGCAAGGGGUCGGGAACUUUGGACCCAUCCUGGUCAAACAGAGUGACUGUGUUUCUUACAUAAAACCCAUUAUAGUCCAUCAUUUGAUGCAAAAAAAUUGUCAUGUCAAUGUGUAUUUUUUGUGGUGUCUUCCACAAGUGAACCAGGGCCUUGAGAUUUGUGGAAAAUGGUGUAUAUCUUUUUUCAACUAGUUUAUAUGGCAUAAUUAAGACUUUUAUUACAAGUAGUUGUUAUACUGUACGUGGUUAUCAGUAUAAAUGACAAUUAUUAAUAGCUCACUGACUAAAUAAUGUUGAGCACUCUAGUUUUUACUCUAGUGCCAUCAACCAAGAUUUUUCGGCAUUUAUUAAAGUGCAUUGACCUAAACUAAAGUGGAUUGAAUUUAUUGUAAUAUUUAAAAAGGCUGUUGUGGGCCUCACAGUUUUUGGGAGCGACAUUUGUGCGAAAAUUCCCAGUGCAUUAAAGCACAUUGAAAAAUUGUGUGAAUUCAACUUUUUAUAUGUUGAAGUCUUUGCUUUGAACACCAGGAAUGUAUUAUAUAUGGCAGAUGUCAGUGCAUCGGUAUAGCAGACAAUAGUAUACAGCAUGCAUCAGGACAAAUUCCUCUCCUUAGCAUAACUGCAGCAACAUUGCUUUGGGAGGAAACUCAGUCCCUGUGUAUUUGAGAGGAUGUUAUGUUGGCCAAAGUUGUCUUUAUGAAGAAACCAGCUUCAGAAAGCUGGUUAAAGACGUAUUUGACUAGUGAUCUUGUAAAGAGGCUUUUAACUUGGUUAGAUGGAAUGGAGCUGUCUCAAAGAAGUGCCAAUUUUCACUAAUUUCAACCUGAUUUUAAUUUUAUUAAGAGACAAUGUUAUAACAUAUAUAGUUUGUAUUAUUUCAGUUAAUUUUUUAACAGUGUGCAUACUAUUUGGUGAACAUGGUUACAGAACCAGUGCUUGUUUAUUUUUUUUGUUUUGUUUUUUUAUUAAAUGUUAAUGAAUCAAAUGGAUGAAAUAUUAACACAAAAAAGGGUUUUCUAUUUGUAGCCUCAUCAGGGGCGUAGCAAUCUUUUCAAAAGUGAGGGAGACUAGCUCAAGUUAGCACAAGACGAACAUAAAUAUAUAAGAUAUAUUUUAAGGCUCUAAAUCGAUUAAAAUUUUUCAUUGAAUUAAUUACAUGAUUGACCAGUGAAUUUUAACUUUUGCAUUUAUACUUUUAGACAUUUGCUGUAUGGAAAACACAGCGCAAACACAUUUGCCCUGUGAAAAAGUGCAGGGAACGAACUUUGGUUUUAUUGAAAGUGAGGGGAACAUGUCCCCCACAUCCCCUGUGUGUUCUACACCCAUGAUAAAAUGGCCCUCUGAUAAAAAACCUGCAAAAUGGCAAGCCAAGUGGGGGAAAUAUAAAAAGUAUUGUCCUUAUUGUUUUAUUAUCAUCCAGUUACAUUUAGUGGCACAUAAAAGUCAUGUUGUCACCACAACACCUUUGGCCUACUUAUCACAUGUAAUAAAAUAUUGGCUUGGAUUAUGAAUUUUAGUUUGCUCUGUGUUUAGUGCAGUACUUGCUAUGAUGGUUCAGUGCAAACUUUCUUCUGUUUUUUAACACUUUGCAUAAAAUUCUAUCCCAGGCUUGUUUUCUAGCAUAAUUUGUUUAUAACUUGGGAUAUUCAAAAAAGAGUUGAUAAAGCUUUAAAAACAGUUUCAAAUAAUACAGUAUGAUGCAAGAUUUUAAACUGAGUGAAAAGACAUAGAAUCACAGUAUCGAGGAAAGAAUUGUUGGAUGAAUAAGGUUUUAUAUUAUUUCAUGUGUGCGUGUGAGUGUUUACUACUCUUUUUAGUCAUGCCGAGCAACCCUUUAAUGUGAAACUAAAUCAAGCUUUUCUGGAAUGAAUUAUGUUGCACUUAAACAGUGACAAUGUGGAGAUAAUAUGAAUGUUUUACAGUAGAAUGAAGUGUCUAUAUGUUGAUAUUAAAACAUGAACAUUCAUGAAUAAAAUCAGCUGU